AUGGAGAUGGAAGUGGAGUCCACUUGGAAGUCCUUGUUCCAGCGGCGGGCGAUCCUGACGGCCAAGCACUGCGACCGCGUCCACGGCCUGCUCUCCGGGGCGAUCGAGGUCGUCGACGUCGACGUGCGGAACCGGCGCCGCCACGAGGGGUCCUGCGCGGAGGAGACGCAGCGCGCGCUGGAGGGCGCCUCGACGGAGCUCGGCCUCGCCCUCUCCAGCAUGGGCGCGGCCCGGCACCUCGCGCUCCGUGGCGGGGCGCCCUGCCCGAGCGCGCCGCUCGACUCCGUGGACGACCUCGCCGGGGACCCCGCCGUCUGGUGCGCGCUGGAGAGGCUCGAGAAGGCUGCCGAGCUCGCCGCCCGCGUGCACGACGGGCUGGAGUGCGCCCGCGGCCACCUGCGCGCCGCCGCGCUCCUGGCGGUCCUGGACGGGGUCGGCGUCGGCGGCCUCGAGGGCGGCAACAGCGCCGUCCCGUGGGAGCAUAGCCCCUGCUUCUCCGAGCAGCUCAACGGCGCCAUGGAGCUCGGCGACGCGAUGUUGAAGGCGGCGGACCUCGUCGCGGAGGCCGAGGGCGCACGCGAGGCGGCGUUAGGCUUCAUCAGUGACGUCUAG